AUGAUUGCAUUAAAACAAUUCCUUUUCUUCGCGUGCUUUUGCUUCUUCUCUCUUCUUGCCUUUCAUCCCACUGGCGCAGCCCCCCAAUCGGCAGCAGCUCGCGUAGCCCCGCAGCAGCAGCAGCAGCAACAGCAGCAGCAGGAGCUGCUGCAGCAGCAGCGGCUGCGACCGCAGCAGGAGCUAUCGCAGCUGCAGCAAGUGCAGCAGGAGCCCCUGCAGCAGCAGCACUACCACCAGCAAGAGAUUCUGCAGCAGGAGCUACUGCAGCAGGAGCUUCUGGCGGAGCACCAUCAGCAGCAGGAGCUGCUGCAGCAGGAGCUUCUGCAGCAGGAGCUGCUGCAGCAGGUGCUGCAGGAGCAAGAGCAAGAGCAGCUGGCGCUUCUGCAGCAGGAGCAACAGCAGCAGCAGCAACUGCAGCAGGAGCAACUGCAGCAGGAGCAACUGCAGCAGGAGCUUCUGCAGCAGGAGCAACAGCAGCAGCAACUGCAGCAGGAGCUUCUGCAGCAGGAGCUUCUGCAGCAGGAGCAGCAGCAGCAGCAGCAACUGCAGCAGGAUCUUCUGCAGCAGGAGCAACUGCAGCAGGAGCUUCUGCAGCAGGAGCUUCAGCAGCAGCAGCAGGAGAUUUGCUCGGGCGAGGAUGUGGGGUUUGAAAGUUCAGGUGUACGUACACCUGAAGUGUGGGGCGGGGCAGCAAAGGAGUUUGCGGAAGUUUUGGAUUUGUUUGGAGAAAAAGAAAUAAAAAAAGAAGACUCUGAAGCAGCAAAAGAAGCAGAAAUGGAAAAAGAAAAAGAAACUUCUUUUUGCAAAAAAGAAAAAGUGAAAGAAAGCCAAGUGGCCGCUGCAGCGGCCUGGCUGAGGCCUCCCGCUUCGGGCCUCUGGCUCAGUACAUGCAGUACCUGUCGACGUUUGCCCCAGGGGAGCAGCAGCAGCAGCAGCUGCAGCAGCUGCAGCAGCUGCAGCAGCUGCUGCAGCAGCAGCAGCAGCAGCAGCUGCCGCAGGGAGCAGCAGCAGCUCUCAAGAAACUCCAAAGAAGAGCACAAGCAGCAGCUUAUGCCAACUCCAUCACUUCCCAUCCGCUGCUGCAGAGCCUCAUUCGUUCUGCUGCUGCAGCAGCAGCAGAAACCCUCAGCAGCAUCACUCUCGCGGACCUUGCUGCUGCAGCAACUCUCCCCCUGCCCCCAAUCGUCUAAACCCUAA